GAACAAAAUUAAAACGACAUGUCGUUUAGGCAAUCAAACAGUCUCCUAAACAUUCUCUACCUCUACUGUCUCUUGGACUUUCCCAAAACCCUAAUCACACUCGACCGCUUGCUAGCUAGGGUUUAAGAGAACCCUCCCCCGAACAAAGCCCCAUUCUGAUUCUGCACAGCUACGAGAUUUUACCCCUUUUUCUGUUUCUUCAUUCUCCAAAACCCUAAGUUUCUUUAUCUCCGGAGAUGGUAGGAUUUUUCCCUGAACCUUCCAUUGAAGAAGAUCCCAAUCUAGUUUCAAAACUCAAAAUUUUCAAAGAUCCUAUUGACCUUCUUGACCCUAAACUCAACGAUUUAUCCGCUGCGGAUUCUUUUCUUGAUUUUGAUUCUAUAAAGGAGUGGUUUGGAGAUAACCCAAAUUUAGAUAGGGUUGGUUUAGAAGAGAGUGAAUUUGGGGAUAUUGGGAAGCAUAUGGAGAUUGGUAAAGAAGAUAACUUUGAGAAAACCCAUUUUGGUGACCCUACCGUUAAUGGGUCUGAGCCAGAUUUUGAUGUAUUCAAGCCAAUUGUUUGUGGAUCUGAGCUGGUUGGAGGCGAGUCAGGCUGUACAGUGAAGGUGGAAGAAGAGGAGUCAAAACCAGAAGGGAAGUUGAGUUCAUCUAUUGAGGAAGAGAUGGGGAAGGUUAGUUUGGUUGGUGGACUAGACAGUGGGCGUAGUAGUUCAGAGGCGUCUGAGACUGAAAGUUCAUCUUCGUCAUCAUCUUCUUGUGGUAGAAGCGAUGAUGAUGACGAUGAUGAUGAUGAUGAGAAGGAGAUUAAAGUAAAAGUGAAGGCGGAAAUCAAAAGAGAGGUGGAUGCUGCAGGUGAGCUUGAAGAAGGUGAGAUAGGAGGUAUUGACGGAGAGAUGGCCGUUGGUGGAACUGAUAAUCUUGAUGAUGAUGAAGAAGAAAAAGAAGAGGGGGAGGAGGAAACAGAGGAAAUCCUCAAUGGCUUUGAUAUUGAAUUUGAUGAGGUAGAUGACGAGGAUGAUGGUGCUGGUGCUAUGAAAGGCCCUAUCAGAUCAAAAAAUGAACUUGAGGUACUCCCUCUGGUUCCACCACUGAAUGUUACAUUGCAACCCCAUCAACAGAUGCUGCCUGUUGGAGUUGUUUUAUCGACGAUUGGUACCAAAGUUGUUGUUGAAGGAAGAGACCAGCACAGCCCUCUUAAUGAAGGUUCUAUUCUCUGGAUAACCAUAGGCAGAUCACCACUGGGAUUGGUGGAUGAAAUCUUUGGACCUGUAAAAAACCCCUACUAUGUAGUACGAUAUAAUUCGGAGAGUGAAAUACCUGCAGGGAUCAAUGAAGGUACUUCGAUCUCUUUUGUCCCUGAAUUUGCUAAUCAUGUUCUCAAUGACAAGAACCUUCACAAGAAAGGGUAUGAUGCAUCUGGUGAAAAUGAUGAGGAGUUGUCAGAUGAUGCUGAGUUUUCAGAUGAUGAAAAGGAGGCUGAGUACAAGAGGAUGCAAAAAUGGACAAAGAGAGGCAUGAAUGACCAAGGAGUGGAAAACCGAAAAGGCAAUAAAAAGAAAGUUAAAAGUAGGAAUGGGGCUUGGAAAAAUGAUAGGAGCUCAGCUCAGCAAACAUCAACAGCAGUGGGUCAUCUUCCGCCUAAUCAGAAUCAACAUAAUUUCUCUACGGUUUCAGCACCUUUGGAUAAUAAUUGUUCAUCAUCUGUACUAGAACAAAAUUUUGUUGGUGGAUCUGGCUUUGUUCCACCAUUUUCAAUCAUGCCACAGUCUUCUGGUUUUAUUACACCUUCAAAUGGAGUUUGGACUAAUGGGGUGCCCCGCCAGCAGCCACAAAAUGCUAUUUUUCCCAACAUGUUUUCUGUAGAAGGUAUGCCAUUGCUCUCACAGAAUUAUCAACAGCCUAUUCCUUUGCCAACCCCAGCAAUGCGUAUGCCAACCAUGAUGCCAUACCAGCUGCAGCAGUUUGAUCCUUGUUUGAGUACUUUUCCUAGUGUGGUCUUACCUGGUAGUCAGUCAAAUUUAUUUGCUGGACCAGCCUGUGCACCUUGGUUGGGGAUUGCAGGUCAAAAUGGCUGUAGCCAAACCACAUUUGGGGUGGGCAUGCAGGGGCAACAGUUCCUUAGUGCAUUACAAGGUAUCUUGUCAAAUGGAACAACGGCAGAUGGGAAUUGUAAUUUGCAACCUAAAAGUAUUCAAGGUAACUUCGAUACAUCCCAGAAUUUUAACAUAGGUGCAUCAUCAAGUCGUGGGAAAACGUCAUAUCGUAGAGGUCGCGGUUCUGGUCGUUUUACUGGUGGAAGAGGUCAUCAACAAUCCUAAAGAGUUGUCGUUAGUGGAGAUUGAGUGGAGACGUGGGCGUGUCAUAGUUGAUUUAUGUAAACUAUGCUUUUGGCGCGUAAUUUAUUGUUGAAUAUUUUUUUUCAAUUGAGGCAAUAUAUGAUAUAUAGGGUGAUGGGCAUUGCAUUUUU